GAUUAUUAACUUCUUAUUUUGGUUAUACUUGGUUAACUAAGCCUAGUGAACAACAACCAAGGGAACAUGUUUAUUAUGCUGAUUUUAAAAUCCAUUAUGAAACCCAAAUUAGAAAAUAUGGUCAAAAUAGUCUUUUAAUGACUUUUAGGGUUUAUCCUUUUGUGGCUUUUCAAAGUGAACAUGACAGGGGUUUGUUAGUAGAUGGAUUGCUUUUCACAGAUUCUUAUUUUGGAAGUUUAACUGAACAACAACUUAAUAGUUUAGGGCAGACCUUAUUAAAUGAAAAAAUUAAGUUUAUUGGAAACAUGAAAGAGGAAGUGUUAUUUUAUGAUACUACUCUUAAAACCUAUGAGACUAUUCCCUUAACCCAGGCUAAGGCUAAAAGGGCAGAACAAAGUUAUCCCAAAAAUGGGACUUGUGUAAGAAAGAAUGAGACUUCUUGGAUUGAUAACUUUGGUAAAACUAGGGAAGAAAUAAAAGAGUUAAAUAUAGAUGAAAAAGGCUUAGAAGGAGGAUUAGAUCUUUCUGAUUUUAAGAAUUUAGAGAAAUUAUUUUGCUCUUAUAAUUGCCUUACUAAUCUAAAUGUAAAUAAUUCAGAGUUAAAGGAACUUGAAUGUUUUAAUAAUUACCUUACUCAGAUAACUUAUCCUACUAAUCUAGAACAAAUAACUUAUUUAAAUAUAAGUGAUAACAAUCUAAAUCCCUCUGACCUUUCUAUUUUUAAAGCAGGAUUUAGUAAAGAACAAACCAAAGAAAUCUUUGAAAAAGGAAGCCAAGCAGGAAAAAUGAAGAAGAGUUUAAAGAGUGAAGAGAUAGUUAUAAAAAUUUUGGAACCUGUAAAGAAUGUAAUCAGCCCAAUACUAGUUCAGACUGAUGUCAAUCUUGUAAUGCUAAACAUUUUCGGCAAGACUUUGAAGUUUACUGAAAUUGAAAAAGUAAAAGAGUUAGAAACUGUUAGUUCUGAACUUCAAACUUUAUAUCUAAAACAAGAGAAACUAAACAAAUCCAAGUUCAAACAGUUAACUAACAAAGGCAAAAUAAAGAAAAUAGAACAAAAAAUAGAGGCUUUGGUAAAGUGGAAAAAGCCAAAUGAAAAGGAGGUUCCAUUUAUAGAUGAGAUAAUGAAAAAAAGGAGUGAGGAAGAAGUAGAGAUUAUGAUUAUAAAAAUAGCAAAUACAAAGACUACAAAACAAAGUUCAGUUAGUCAGAUGGUUCCUUGUUAUGGUAUAUCUCGAGAUAAAGAAGAUAAUGAACCAAAUAAUAGACCUAGUGCUAGGGAAGUAAGUGGAGUAGUAGGAGAAUGGAUUGAUGAAAUUUAUUCAAAAAAAGACACCCAAUUCUACCACCAAUAUAAAGAAACCGAAGAAUAUAAUACUUGCCAAGCAUUAACUAAACUUUAUCGGCAAUAUCGAGAUGAAUUAUAUUCUAAAUUUUGCCAGAAAAAUAAUUAUGAUGAAGGAGCAGCAGCAAACGAAGAAUUUAGGAGACUACUACUCUCCCUAUUUCCUCAACCAGAUGUAAAAGUCAAUAAAGAAACACAAAAGUUCUUUAUGACCAUCAACCAACAAUUAUUAAAUAAACUCAAACAAAUAGAAGGAUUAAUCUUAGAACCAAGCCAAUUAAGUCCUGAGGAGAAGAAAAUAAAAGCAACAGACAGUCCUUUAAUCAAGGCCAUCAAAUCAAGGUUCAAACCUGAAACAGCCGAAAAGGAAACUCAAACUGAAAUAUCCCUUACAGAAAUUAAACAAAUGGAACAGGAUGGGGAGAUUUAA